AUGGAGCCGGCAAGGAAACGAGGUGCACUAGCUGGGAGCAGCGAACCGGCCCCCAUAGGGCCCGACGAUCUUGUUAAUGAAAUGUCAAUUGAUGUUGAAUUUGAGGGCCGCGGUCCAGAAAUCAGAGAUUAUCAUUGUAUUAAACAGUUAUUACAACAACUAUUCUUAAAAGCCCCAGUAAACCUGUCUGAUAUGACUUCAGUACUGAUUCAUCAACCCAACAUUGGCUCAGUUAUAAAGCAAGUUGCUGAUGAGGAUGAUGAAGAGCAAGAUGAAGAUGAUGAUGACGAUGAUGCCGACCAAGUGUUUGGGAUAACUUCAGUUAUCAAUAUUACAGAUAAGACAAGUGAAUGUGUAGAAAAUUUACACAAAUUAAUGUUGGACUUAAGUAACCAACAUAGUGAUAGUGACACAACACUAUUUGUCAACCGAUUGUUGAGUGAUAAUGAUAAUAAAGUUGGGUUGUUAAUAAACGAAAGAUACGUCAACAUACCUCCAGCUAUUUCUGUGCCAUUAUUUCAAGCCCUUCGCAAGGAAAUGUUCAAGCUAAAAAGUAAGAAACAAUCAUACAAUUUUGAUUAUCUUAUUAUGAUAUGCAAACUGUAUAAAGUGAAGAACGAUAAGAAGGGAAACAAAAGUUUUGAAAACUCAGAAAUAUUAUGGUCAAAUGGUGAAGAGGAGUUGUUUGACAAAUUAGCAGAUUACAAGUUUGAGUUUUGUGUGAAAAAUGACAAGGGUCCUGCUUUGUCUGGCACCUGGGUAGAAUCAGAUCCUGAAAUGAUUCCUUUUAGACGUGUUCUGAUUUUCACUGUGGACAAAUUCUGUUCAAUAACUGACCAACUUGAAUCUUGGUUAGUGAACAAUGAUACCGCAGAUCAGGAUGAAGGUUAA